UCGGCCGCCGCCGCCGCCGCCGCCGCCGGGGGAUGAUCUGGGCGGCCGCGGGCGGCCCUGGCUAGCGGCCCGUGCCGGUGCUGCGGCCGGCCAGGGCAGCGAAGGUCGAGGGUCGUGGGUCGUCCUCCUCCCCGCCUGCCGGGAGGGGCGAGAGGGAGCCGCGGCUGAUGUCAGUUUCAAUAAUCAGACGAUUCUGACUGGAAGAGGAAAAGAUUGCUGAUAACUUAGAUAAUUACCAGUAUUUAAGAAAUACAUUCUCGGGAAAUGGCCUCUAAAUCUUGGGUGAAUUUUUUAACCUUCCUCUGUGGAUCAGCUAUAGGAUUUUUUUUAUGUUCUCAACUAUUCAGUAAUUUGUUGGGAGAACAGGGUGACACCCAGCCUAAUCUGCUUCAUAAUGAUCCUCAUGCUAGACAUUUGGAUGAUAAUGGACACAAUCACCCCAAGGGACAAGUGAACUUCAAUGCAGACUCUAGCCAACAUAAAGAUGAGAACACGGACAUUGCUGAGAACCUCUAUCAGAAAGUUAAAAUUCUUUGUUGGGUUAUGACAAGCCCUCAAAACCUAGAGAAAAAGGCCAAACAUGUCAAAGCUACAUGGGCCCAGCGUUGUAAUAAAGUGUUAUUUAUGAGUUCAGAAGAAAAUCAAGACUUCCCUGCUGUGGGAUUGAAAACCAAAGAAGGCAGAGAGCAACUCUACUGGAAAACAAUUAAAGCUUUUCAGUAUGUGCAUGACCAUUAUUUAGAAGAUGCUGAUUGGUUUAUGAAAGCCGAUGAUGACACUUACGUCAUACUGGACAAUCUAAGAUGGCUGCUAUCAAGGUAUAACCCUGAACAACCCAUUUACUUCGGGAGGAGGUUUAAGCCGUAUGUGAAGCAGGGCUACAUGAGUGGAGGAGCAGGGUAUGUGCUAAGCAAAGAAGCCUUGAGAAGAUUUGUUGAUGCAUUUAAAACAGAAAAAUGUACGCAUAGUUCCUCCAUCGAAGACUUAGCACUGGGAAGGUGCAUGGAAAUUAUAAAUGUAGAAGCUGGAGAUUCCAGAGAUACCACUGGGAAAGAAACUUUCCACCCAUUUGUACCAGAACACCACUUAAUCAAAGGUUAUCUACCAAAAACAUUUUGGUACUGGAAUUACAACUAUUAUCCUCCCGUAGAGGGUCCUGGUUGCUGUUCUGAUAUUGCAAUUUCUUUUCACUAUGUUGAUUCUACAACUAUGUAUGAAUUAGAAUACCUCGUUUAUCAUCUUCGCCCAUAUGGUUAUUUAUAUAGAUAUCAACCUGCCUUGCCUGAGGAUAUACUAAAAGAAAUUAAUCAAGCAAACAAAAAAGAAGAUACAAAAGUAAAAUUGGGCAACCCUUGAAAGCAGAACGUGAGUGGACUGAGGUUAAAUGGUCUACAUUGCACUGAAGGACUCCUGCCUUUCUGACAAAACCCUGAAAUCCCAUUGAGGAACUCAUCUGAAGUGAACAUUCCAUAUAGAAAUUUUUCCAGUGGAUGACUGUAAUCUGAAGCAUUUAAAGAGCUGUGAAGUCUGUUAAAAUGUGUUUUGAUACAGUAAUAUAUAAAUAUAAAUAUAUACAUACACACACAUACACUAUAUAUAUAUAUAU